GUUAGGGAUCUCUUGGGUCGAGGCGGAUCACGUGUACUUCGGCCGAAUUUUUGGAUUGUCGAGCGUAUUGUUGAUUCUCUGACUGAAUACUCGGGGUUUCAGUGAUCAAGGGUCUUGUCCUUCUGCUUUUUCGACCUUCUUCGAGGUCGAUAUACUCACGGGUUGGUUCAGGGACCAGUAGGAAGCGUCCUUUUUGCGGCUCUGCGAUACAUCUGAGGGCGAUACAUGUGUGUGGAGAGGGGGAUGUGGCAACAGUGCACUUGUGAAAACGAUCUCGCAGGAGUUUGUGCUCCGUAGGGACGAGUUGGAGAGCAAGCAUACCUGUGCGGUAUUACCCUAUUGUGGGUGGUUCGGGGAAAGGGGGAUUCGUAUAAAUGUAUGAUGUGAUUCUGGUGAUUCGGAGGAAGUGUUGAUAUUAGGUUGAAAGGGGGUUGAAUAGAAGAAUUAAGUUUGUUAAGCAAUUCAUUUCGUAAAGAUUUUUUUUUUUUUAAUGGGAUUCUAUAUUAAAUUUUUUUAGUGUCAGUGCGGACACUAAAAAACGGUAAAAGUGGUUGAUUGGGGGUAUCUAGAGUGAAUUUAGUGGAUAACAUUGGGUGAGGGAAAAGUGCGAGAUUUCGGUCGAGCCGGUGAUAAUGACUUGACGCGGUCGGCCUUCACUGAGAAUCACAACAAAGUACACACUGAGUAAAAAUGGGCACUAGAGCAGUCGGCGUAGGUGCAAGUACAAGUUCAAUCGGUGUCUUAGGUGAAGCCGGUCUUGCUGGUGUUCCCCGGCUCCUCGAGGACUUGGCUAGACUCUCAGAGGACAAGGACUCCGCGGACAUUGUUUUCCUUCUCGGCAGGGAUGAAACCCCCGUCUACGGUCACCGUAUAAUCCUUCAAGCCAGAUGUAAGAAUUUCACCGCACCGAAGCGAAUCGGCGCAUCGGGGAAUCCCACUCCAGUCCGCAUGCCGCAUGCACAUCCAGAAACAUUCCGGCAAUUCGUGCACUACGUGUACACUGGAAAGAUUAUGCUGCAGGACAGCGGUAUCUUUGAGAUGCUGGCACUUGCCCAGGAAUUGGGUGUCGAGGAGCUUUGGCGGAGUUGCGAGGAGCAUGUUUCUGCUACGCUGAGUCCUGGUAAUGCAUGUGCACUUCUGACCGCGGCAUUGGAUGCCCAGGAGAGAGUUCUCGGUGGCAAAGGUGCCUGUUCGUCAUUCAUCGAACGAUGUUACGCAUUCAUUGGAGACAAUGCUCUGGACACUGUGAAGACAACAGCAUUCUGCAAUCUGCCCAAAGAUGCGCUCGUUAAAUUAAUUUCAUCUGAUUAUCUGGGGCUCGAGGAGGAAGAUGUGUGGCGCGCUGUUCUCAAUUGGGCCAAGUAUCAGGCAGGUGUAACGCAACCGACUCAACACUGGACCGAGGAAGAACGUGCUAGGGUCUGUCAACACCUGGCUGGAGUGAUAAAUCACGUGAGACUGCUUCUCAUCGAUAGCCACGUCUUCGCUGAGGAGGUGGAACCCACCGGAGCUGUUCCCAUUGAACUCUCCUUGGAAAGAUAUCGAUAUGCAGCUGUCCCUAAUAAAUACGCAGAGAACUGUUCUGACAAACGUCUCCAACCCCGUGUGGGUCCCCUACUGUUCCCGAACUCCCAGAUCCUCUCACGAGACAAAAUGGGGUAUCAGAGACUCUUGAAUCAGUGGUAUGGGGUGUCCAAGCAAAAUUGGCGACUGAUUUACAGGGCAUCUAAUCAUGGAUAUUCAGCUGCAGCAUUUCAUCGUCAUUGUGAUGGCAUAGCUCCUACCUUCACAAUAGCUUUGGGAACUCGUGGUGAAAUUUGUGGAGGUUUCAGUGACGUUGCUUGGGAUAAAACAACGACGAAGGGUCAAUACAUAUCUUCAGAGAAGGCAUUCCUGUUUACUCUCACUAACAAUCAAGAUGUGCCACCCACCAAGUACGACUUGAUCAAGAAAUCCUUCGCCAUCUGUUAUCAUCCAGACAUUGGUCCGAUAUUUGGGGCAGGCGCAGACUUGAUGAUUGCCAAUAACUGCAACAACAAUCUGGAGAGCUACAGCAAUUUGCCCCAUAGCUACGAUGGCGAAAAUGCCUCCAACACGAUUCUAAUGGGAGAUUAUCAUUUCAGUGUUGUGGAUUAUGAAGUAUUCACUCUCAAUCAUCUUCCGCCGAAAUCCGACAGACAUUGAUUUUUAUUCUUCCUUCCUCAUCCUUCAAAUGCCCUCGGAUUUUCUGUUUGAAUAAUUUUAUUUUUAAAUUUAAACUUAAAUAUUGAAUGUUUAAAAGUUAUUGUAUUAAUUAUUAAAGAAUAUGAAAUGUAUAGAUUUUGUACUAGACAAAAUGCAAUAGGAGUUUUAAACAUUUUGCAAGGAAAAUAACAUAACAAAAUUACUUUUUGAUAAUAAAUAUAAGAAAAAUCAUCAUAAACAUGCGAAGUUUUUUUAGGGAUUGAAAAAAGAUAUUCAAUUCCUUCCGAUCUAUUUUCGAAUGUAUGAAAAAGCUCAUCAUUUCACAGCCUUUGUUCCUCAUAUUUCUAAUCCCUUCGAAUUUUCUGAUUAAAUAAUUUUAUUUUAAAUUUCAACGGAACUAUUGAAUAUUAAAAAAUUAUUGUAUUAAUAAUUAAAGAGAGAAAUUAAUUAAGAAAGUUUGUUUACCACUCGAUAAAUAGUGGACCCUUCACAAAGAAAAUUAAAUAACCAAAUUACCUUUUCAUAAGAAAUAUAAGAAAAAUUAUGGUAAACAUCUGGAAUUUUUUGUAUUGAUUGAAGAAAGACAUUAAAUUUCCCCCGAUCAAUCUUCGAAUGUAUCAAAAAGCUCAUUAUUUCACAGCCUUUGUU